AUGAGACUGUGUUUCGGCCAGUGGUGUAUCCCGUGGCCUGGCCGAAAUAGAACGACCACGAUUACCGGCGUGCCGACGACCGACGCGUUGCCUCUGCCGGAAGACUACGACUACGACAACGACAGCGUAUCGUCGGCAGUAGACGUGUUGUCCGCCGCCGAAGAACCGAUGACGCGAGCGCUGCAGCCGUCCGACUCGUCGUCGUCCGCAGACAUGGCGGCUUCUGUAGAUGCUCAAGAUUUGAAAACCUUACUGGAAGCAAAGGAUACUUUGAUUCGUAACCUGGAAACGUUACUUCAGGCCAGGAACAACGAAAUCCAAGAGCUCCGGUCCCAUUUAGACAUGUUUCAAAGUGUGUUUCCGUUUAGCAACCCAGUGUCACCCACUAGUACGCUGCAUCAUCCUCACCAUGUGGUUGCCGCUCCCGUUCAUCAACAACAAAGCCAAAAUCUCGUUGCUAAAUCUCUUACGUCGCUUCUGGACGGUAUAGCCAGGCCACGUAAACAAAGGGCGCAAGGUAUAUCUGCGGAGCCCCAGAGUCUAAGUACCAUACAAGAACUGAGCCAAAAGAAAUUCCCUACUUAUCCGAAAAACGACAGGUAA